AUGCAGGAGAAGGCGCAGCAGGGGGACCGCAAGGCCCAAGCGCUGCUGACCAGCGCGAUGCUGGCGGCCUUUGGGCGAUUGCAGAAGCUGCAGAUGCCAGUGCAGGUGCAGCGCUGCGCCUGCGGGGCGGAGCACUUGUUGCUGCUGGCCACCACAGGCCUCGUCUUCGCCAGCGGCCGCAACAGCCAUGGCCAGCCGCAGCCUUAG